CCCACGACCACCCGAAAUCGCCCUGAUUGCGACUGCUCCUCUUUUCGAAGAUACCCACUGGCUAGGACCGCUACACAGCAAUCACGCACACACCAUGAUUAAGAUGACGUGGAUUUCGCGGGUGGACGACGGCAUCAUAUUAGCAAGUGGGGGAGAUGAGACAAAGAUAGACGCGCAGCUGCAGGAGGCCACGUCUAGGGCGAAGCUCAUCCAGCGCCGCAUGAACCGCAAUUCCGAGCCGCAAGCCAGCGUCGAGACCGGCGCCUACACAUACCAUUACAUCGUCAAGGACGGGCUCUGCUACCUCACCCUAUGCGAGCGUUCCUACCCGCGCAAACUAGCCUUCGCAUACCUCGCCGACCUCGCAAACGAAUUCAACGUCAGCCACCAGCCCUCCGACUACCUCGCCCCGGGCGUGAAGUCCUUCGCCUAUGUUGGCUUCGAGCGAACCAUCCACAAAACCAUGAAGACGUAUCAGGACUCGCGGAUGCCCGCGAACCUGGACCGGCUGAACGACGAGCUCAAGGACGUGACCAAGGUCAUGACGAAGAAUAUAGAGGAUCUGCUGUACAGGGGGGAUAGUCUGGAGCGCAUGGGCGAUAUCUCGAGUAGGUUGCGGGAGGAUAGUAGGAAGUACAGGAAGGCGGCGGUGCGGAUCAAUUGGGAGUUGCUGCUGAAGCAGUACGGGCCGGUCGGCGCGCUGGUGUUCAUCAUAAUCGUCUUCAUCUGGUGGCGGUUCUUUUGAGAGGUUUGGGUACUGCGAUUCGGUGCAUAACGGACUAGAUGCUUCUUGCGCAAGAGCCGGCGUUCAGGGUCUUCUACUAUAGGUCGGGAAGGUAUGCUAGAAGACGUAAUAAUACCCACAUCUACCUUUCGCGGUGGCCUUUAACUCGGAUUGCGCUUUUCAAUACCAUCUUUGCUUCCCGGCCCUACCCAGAAUGAGCAGCGACAUACAGUAAUUUUGGCUGGCGCGAAUUCGAUAGUUCAUGGAUGGCCAACGUGCCUCGGCAAACCGGGAGUCGACAACUUCAAUAGACAACCAGAC